CUCAUGGAAUCGACGUUUUUAAUCUGCGUUAUCUUACAAUAAUUUUUAUUUUACAACAAUAUGUAUGAAAAGUACAUGGAUUGUAUGCAAUGUUUGUUUGUGCGUUGCUUAUCAUGCAUGGAAAAUUUACAGAACAGAUAUAAUGUUUCUGAGAUAAUGAUUUAAAGAUGCAAGAUAGGAAGAAUCUUAUUUUCAAUCAAACUAUUCAUGAAACUAUUUAGAGUUAACCGAGAGUAAUUGUAGUUAUUAUAAAUAUGUUACGUAUUUUUGUUAAGAAUGGAAGGCAGUUUAAGUGUCUUCAAAAAUAUUUGUUUCAUCAAACUGGAAGACCUUUUUCAGACAAGAAAAUUAUAAGAAGAGUUCCACAAAAUAGAAAUGUUUCUAGUCCUAUAACACUAAAUAAGCUAAAGAAUGGCAUAAAAUCUAUAAAAGACAAAAUUGUACCAUGGGAUCCUAAUGAUGAUAAAGUACCAUGGGAAGAGCGCACACCACUUAUUUCAAGUGAGUGUGAUAUUGUUAUAAUUGGAGGUGGAGUAAUAGGUAGUUCCAUAGCUUACUGGUUGAAGAACCGUGUUUACGACAAGGAAAUGAAAGUUAUAGUUGUUGAAAAAGAUCCUACGUACACCAAAGCAUCCACAGUUCUUUCCGUUGGAGGGUUACGUCAACAAUUUUCUCUUGAAGAAAAUAUUGAAAUGUCCCUUUUCGGAGCAGAGUUCAUACGCAACAUUAAUGAGUACUUAGGCAUCGAUGGAGAGCCUCCUAUUGAUCCAUAUUUCCAUCCAUAUGGAUACUUAAUGUUGGCAAGCAAUACAGGAGCUGAAACACUAGAAAAAAACUCUAAAUUGCAAAAUUUUCUUGGAGCAAAGAACAUUUUACUAACACCAAACAAAUUAAAGGAUAUGUUUCCUUGGUUAAAUACAGAAGAUAUUGCAUUAGGUUGUUUUGGAUUAGAGAAAGAGGGUUGGUUUGAUCCAUGGACUCUUCUUUGUGCUUUUAAAAAAAAGGCAUUAUAUUUAAGAACAGAAUAUGCUUAUGCAGAAGCUAAAGGAUUUACAUAUAAGGAUAAACUCAAUCAUCCUAAUGACCGUUUGGAUAAAUUGGUUAUAGAAACUCCAGAGGGUGAGACAAGAACUAUAAAAUUUGCUAUAUGUAUCGUGGCUGCUGGUGCUGCUAGUGGAGAGGUUGCUAAGCUGGCUAAAAUUGGUACAGAAGAAGGAUUACGGUACCUAGCACUGCCUGUCGAACCAAGGAAAAGAUAUGUAUAUUGCUUUCACUGCCCUGAAGGACCGGGGCUGAACACUCCAUUAACAGUAGAUAAUUCAGGAACAUAUUUCAGGAGAGAAGGCUUAGCAGGUACUUACGUUUGUGGACGUUCACCGUCUGAAUCCGAAGAGCCUUCAAUUAAGGACUUGAGUGUCGAUGAGAAUUACUUCAAUGAUGUAAUCUGGCCGUCACUUGCACACAGAGUUAAAGCUUUUGAAAAGUUAAAGCUACAGUCUUCUUGGGCAGGAUUUUACGAGUACAAUACCUUCGAUCAAAACGGAAUAAUUGGAAUCCAUCCAUACUAUAAGAAUAUAUUUUUUGCAACCGGAUUCAGUGGCCACGGAAUUCAACAAGCGCCAGCUGUUGGUAGAGCAAUUGCAGAAUUAAUCCUCGAUGGGAGAUAUAUAACAAUUGAUCUAGAAAAUCUUGGUUUCGAUAGAAUCAUUAAUGGAAAGCCCAUGUUUGAAACUAAUAUUGUUUGAAGUAGCCAUUUACACGGGUAAAAGGUUUCAUAGCCUCACUCAACAUAGGACUAUAAAAGGUUAACGUUUUAGACGAGUGCGAAACGUAUGGCGAAACAUAGCUACUGUUUCCAUUACUAAUUCCACUGGCGUUGGCGUUUUUCGCGUACUGGUCCAUACCACGUCAACGAAACCCUGUCACUGAUCACGAUUCCUAGAUUUAAUGCUGUAUAUAGUUGGUUAAGGUUCCAGUCUUAAUAAAUAGCAUUUAUACAUGCACAUCGCUUGAACUGUUGCUAAAUCCUUCUUUCGUUCCACCUUCGUCACAACAUUCUUCUGUCCUUUCUGUUACAUUUUAUAUUUAAUAGAAACAUCUGCUGAUCGAGAUUAUCCAGGGAGCGGAGAGAGGUAAAUAUGAAGGAACACGUAACACUGCUCAAUGAUCUGGAUAGUAAUAUUGGUGUUCUAAUGUGGAGGAUCAUGGAAGAGGUCAAACAUCUUAUGCUGCAAGGACAAAGGGUUUAGAACCUUGAGAUAUACCUCGAAAAUAUGACAGAGAAUUUAACAAUUUUGGGACUUGAAGUAAAAUAUUGUGAUUGUAGAUUCUGGGAAGUCCAUAAAGUCUGCGCUCUUUACUUUCACUUGGUUGAACGGUUUUGUUGAUACUAUCUGGUAGUUUGGUUGUUUUGAUGAUGACUGCUGUCUUUCUUUAAGUUUUUGUUGAAUCUGUCUGGAUUUCUUUGUAUGUGACUGUAUUUAGUAGUUUCUACACUUUUGUCGUCUAGUCUUAUUUUGGUUUGAUCAUUGCAAUUAUGGCAUUUCCUUCAUCAACUGGUAGUAUUAACAUGCUUUGUUAUAAUCUGCUAUAUCUAAUCAUAGAAUCAUAGAACAUCUAGAAAAGGAAGAAAGAACGAAAUAUUUGUUCAAAAUUCCAAUAAUUAAUUACUUAUUAGGAAACAUGUUUGGUGAAAUAAACUACUAUAUUUUGGUUCGUAUCAGUUUACUGUAUUUCAAUGCUGAGUACGGCGUAUUAUCAGUUAAAUGCAAAUAAAUGCGCACACAUCGAAGCGGCAACGGCGAGAAAAGAUUAUCAAUUCUGACAUUCAAGCCGCUCUACGAUCAAUGUGUCUAAAAAUUUGCAUAGUAUACGAACAGAGCCAACCGAUAGCAAUUUCCUUUUUCUUUUCAUUCUCUGAAGUAUAUAAAUAUUAAAACUACAAUUAAAUGUAAUGCAUUUCACUUGAAAAAAUGAGAGGUGAAGUAACCAAUAUUAUAGAAUUAUUGAAACAAGAUUUAAAUUAAUAAAGCAAAAGGAACAAAUUUUAAAUAAAAUACAAUAAAUAAUUAGUAUUUAUUGGCAGGAACAAUUAUAUAAAAUUGAAACAUCUAAAGUAAUAACAAUAAAAUAAAUUAUUGGAAUAUUUUUAGAAGUUAUAAAAUAGAAA